AUGACUAUCCGCCCGCGCGUCACCAGCCCGAUUGAAUACGGCGACGCAGCCUCGUUCUGGGUCGAGUAUCCCUCCGGUCUCGUCGACCUGACACGGCAUGCGCAUCUGCCACUGGGCGCGCAAGACACGGGAGAGGUACAGAUACCUCCGCUUCAAACCAGCACACAGCUGGAGAUCCCCGUCGAUGGCGAGCGAGUCGUGCGCAUAUCGAAAGAGCGCAGCGCCAUUGUGAUCAUAGAUAUGCAGAAGAACUGGGGACUUACGGAGCAUGAACUCCAUACCAUACCGCCAGCGUUAGUCCGGAGUUUCAUGAAGAACGGUCGCGGGGGCUUCGGCUCACAGCUUCCGGGCACCUUUGGACGUCUUCUGAUGCGAGGAGAGUACAACUCGGACCUAUACGGUCCUUUGCAAGGGCUGUACGAGGAAGGGAAGAAAGAAGGCACUGAUGUCUGGGUACAUAAGAAUAGAAUGAGCGGUAUCUGGGGUUAUCAAACAGCGCUUGACCUGUACCUUCAAGAGAACGGCAUCACCACCCUGUUCUUCGCUGGCGUCAACGCAGACCAGGCAAGCACCGUCUAA